AUGGCCACUGGCGUGCUCUGCUGUCGAUUGCCUGCUCGGGUUCCAAAAAUUAUUGUUCGCCCACCAGAGAAAAUGAACGUGUUUAGCGGUCUGAUAUUCCUGCUCACAUGCCAGGCCACAGGUAUCCCGACUCCCACAGUGCACUGGUACCGGAACGGGAAGCAGAUUCCAAGAAACAAUUCUCGAUUCUCAAUCCUUACAUCAUUUGACUUACUUGUCACGAUGGCCCGACCACCGGAUACCGGAUUAUACAGUUGUGAAGUUGUUAACAACCAAGGAGUUGAUAUGGCGAGUUCCUUUGUAACAGUUAGAGACUAUACAUCUGGCUGUGCAGACAAAAAGACAGAAGGUUUGCAUAACUACAAGAACAUCCACGCCUGCAAGGGUAAAUGGGAGGGUCACGUGAAGCGUGCCCGUUGGCUGUGUGCCAAGGGAUGGAGCGUGUGUAACCCAAAAGACGCGGAAGCCAUCAAAAAGAUCACGUGGGCAGACAUUUAUGACCUACACGGUUGUUACGCAUACAACGCAGCUAAUCACAAGGGCAAAUGUACCAGAUGUCACAAAGAAAACAUGGCCGGCAUUGGAAGGAAUUGCAGACGCUUACGUUAUUCUAAGAGUUCCUGCUUGGCCAAAGGUAGAAUCGAUGUUUAUCAUCCAAGAAAAACCAGAGGUUGUUCAUAUAUGGCCGGAUAUACGACAGGAGUCUUGUGUUGCAAGCGAAAGAGAGUGAAAUCAGUUCGACCAAAAUGUGAACAUUCUUGUCAAAAUGGAGGAGUAUGUGUUGGUUUCAAUCGGUGCAAAUGUCUUCCCGACUACAAAGGAGCAAACUGUCAAAAUCCCAUUUGCGAACCACGUUGUCCUGUGACGGCCAUUUGUAUCCAACCAGGCAAAUGUCAAUGCAAGCCUGGAUAUACGGGACGCUAUUGUAAACGCAAACAUGAUUGUCACAUGCCAUGUUUUAACGGAGGUCGAUGUAAGAAAGGGAAAUGUGUGUGCCCACCAACGCACUGGGGACAUUCCUGUCAACAUCUGCACCGACACAUACUCCUCAGUUACCUAAAUCGCACAGAAAGAUGA